GUUUAUGACUCAUCCAUUUCUUUAGUGGUUGUAACUCGGCACAGAACUAUGCUAGACUUACUAUGCUAGACUUGACUAGUAAUGCACACACAAUUUCAUUUUUAUUCUUCUUAGAUUAUAGAUAGAAGUUCAACUAUAGCUGAUUUUUUUGCUAAUUUAUCGAACAUCGAAGAUGAUUUGAUUAUAUGUUUGUGUUAUAAUUUGAGAGGAUGAUUGAUUAAAGAUGUAAAGAGUCUAAUGAUAGUGAUUUGUAUACGACUAACGUUAAAUUUUAGCUUGUAGUAGUUUUUAAUACAUAACCCCAAGUGUUUUAGUACUGCAUAUGUUAAUUGACGCUUAAGCUCAUAAAAUUCGUUAUAUCUUCUCAUGUGCUUAGUGGCCCCCGUACAUAAAUGCUUAAAAUAAAGUUUGCUUAUCAAUCAUGUCCCCAAGAGCCAAUGAAUCUGUUCAAACAUAGUUCGACACGUAUAGUUAGGUUCGUCGUAUAGAGAUUCUCGAUGACCUCGUUGUUUCCGCCAUCUGUUUCCACCCACCACGAACAUGCAUCCAUUCUCCGUCCAUUACUACGUGUCACGAUCAAACAGUAUCUUAUACCGACCAGGAAACUUUAUUAUAUAACGACUGCAAAACCAGAACCCAUGUUAAUGGGCGUGAGCAUGCUCAUAAUUGUCGAUUAAUUUUAAUUACUGGCUUACUAGACAUACACGUUCAUCAUCAUAAUAGUGAAUUGUUUUGUAUAAAAAGCCACUGUUUCUGCUCUCAAGUCUUGAAGCGGCUUUCAAGAAUAAGAAAAUAUGCACUAUCAAGAACAGAUGGAGUCUCUUAUGUUGGGUGAAGAACGUAAACGUGGAAAUUGCGUUAGGGACGCAGACGCGGAAGCAGAUGAAGGUUUUAACUCUCCUGACGAUUCGGACCGUCGCAGUUCAUCUUCUUUAAGAAGAGGGUUGUCGAAACAUUACAAAGGUAAGUCACAGUCAUUCACGUCCUUGUCGGAAGCUUUAACAGUAGAGGAUCUCGCAAAACCCGAGAAUCCUUUAAACAUAAAACUGAAGCAGCGACGGGGGAACACUCACUGUCGAAGGCUCUCCGGAUGUGGAGGUGCAUCGGAGCAAAGCUUAGGCGGGCACGACGCGUGCCACUCCGGAAACGGUAGGCCGCCGCGACUUUCCGGUAACAGACCGCCUCCAAGAGCCCAGACGCUCUCGGCUGCUCAUAUAUCAGUUUUACUCACUCGAACCUAAACCUGAAAGUUUUUAACUUUGUUCUUUCUCUAAACCGGAACAUAACCGGGUUUCGUUUGGGACGAUGUUUUCUUAAUUGUGUGAAUGUAAAAGUUAUUAAGUACGUUAACUCCUUUAAUCAUUUUGUAAAUUACAGUUAAUUUAAAUAACUCAGGCCGUAGUAACCGUACAUUAUACACAAGAGAUUCUGAA